CCCUGACAGAGUUCCAUGUACCGUACGCAGUGCUCCGUACACGUACUAAACAGGCCCGAUCCUAAGGGCACACGUACGGACUCUGUCGUCGCACGCCAAGGGAGACAAGUAGUUAGGUUGACAGCGUCUGUUGCAUUCCUCGGUUCACCCUCAACAUCACUGCCGUGUCUAGCAACUACGCUCAAGUCUCCCAUCUCCCGCAGCUCUUUUCCUUGCACCACAGUGCUAUCUGUACAAAAGUCCUUACUCCACUCGUCAAGAUGACCCAGCUCGACAUUGCGACCAAAGCUCCCGAGAGCGAUGCCGCCGAAAGUGUCACCGAGCCCGUAACCGAGAACACCUCCGCCGCCGACACGCCGGCCCAGUCAACCAGCCCUACUACGACUACGGGAGGCGCUGGAGAGCACAGCGAGCAUUGCGUGUCGGAUAGACCAGCUCCGGCCGGUCAGUCUUCGACUGGCGAGAUCAUUAAGAUCAACGACGUGGAGACAUACAUUUCGAAACCCGCCGACUAUCCUCAUGCGCCAGCCAGGCUUCUGCUCCUGUUGACAGGAGGCACAGGCCUGAAGUCGGUAAACAAUCAGCUUCAGGCCGACAAGUUCGCCAGCGAGGGCUUCGUAGUGGUCAUGCCUGACCUCUUCAACGGCGACGCUGCACCCAACUCUUCCACGAUUGAUAGCAGCGAGGAUACUGGGUCGUUCCUGGACGCCUUUAAGAUGAAAAUCGUCGAGACAGCGAAAAGCUUCCAAAUUGACAUGUGGCUGGCGCGACACACGGAAGAGAAGGUCCUACCAAUUCUUUACAAAGUUAUCGAGGGUGCCAGGGAGAAGUUUGGGGAUGCGGUCAAAAACGGAGACGGUAUCUAUGCUGUCGGUUAUUGCAUUGGAGGACGUUACAUUCUACAUCUGGGCUCGGACAAGAAGGUUGCGACUGGAGGCCAGGAGCCUGCUGAUGCCGAAGCUGGUGAAGUCAAAACUGGUCCUUUCAUCAAGGUCGGUGCGAUAGCACACGGUGCCUCUGUUAUUCCCGAUGACUUCACCGGCAUCAAGGUGCCUAUAUCGCUCGUCUGUGUUGAGAAUGAUCCUCUCUUUCCUGAGGAGGUCAGAACAUUCGGUGAGGACGUCAUGUCCAAGGCGAACUUGGAACACGAAGUUCAUGUCUACCCUGGCGUGCCGCAUGGUUUCGCUGUUGUUGGCGAAUAUCAGGACAGUUCGAUCAAGGACGCUCAGAACACCGCUUACGAGCAAAUGCUGAAAUGGAUCAAGGAGCACUAGAACAGUGGCGAGAGAACGUUUGCGUGUUUGUUAUCAACGGCCUUUGCUUCUGGCAUGGGGGGAGGUCCAUAUCGCAACCUAUGAUUAUCCCAGUUUUCUGGUCGAGCUUCUUCUACAGUUCAAGGGAUAUUAUAUCACUACUAUGAGAUUCCUCCUGUACGCCUACCCCCGUGUCUUCGUACUAGUGACUCAACAUUCAAUCACAUGUUUGCAAGCCCGUCCAGCUAUUGCGCACACACAUCUUCCUAG